AGUAUUCAUUGGUCAAGCUGGACAAUACUUGUAAGAUAAAUAAACCACAAUCAGAGAUCAUGUGGUUACAUGGUGAACAUCAUAUGUACCCGACUGCAUUUUACACAUGAUAUUUUGACCAUGGAAAAGUAUGAGAACUUGGGUUUAGUUGGAGAAGGAUCUUAUGGCAUGGUGAUGAAGUGUCGCCACAAGGAGUCCAAUCAAAUUGUUGCAAUUAAGAAGUUUUUAGAGUCUGAAGAUGAUAAAAUGGUUAAGAAAAUUGCAAUGAGAGAAGUGCGCAUGUUGAAGGUAGUACAGAAUGUUCACAAUAUUUUCAUUACAAUUGUAAUACUGUAUAAUUACUUGAUGCAUUAAAUUGCAGUAUGCUCCAAUGUGCCCUACUCAUCAAGGACAGAACUGGUGCUAAAUUGGUUAACCGGGCUAUCUGCCCAUGUGUUUAGUUAACCCAUUAAUUUAUUAUUUUACUCUGUUUAAUUAAAUUAAUGAGUAAAAUCAUCCCCUGGUUGAGUAAAAUCAUCUGGUGUAUGUUAGACAGAGUACUGUAAAGUAAUAAAGUAGGGUGUGUUUGGCAGGUGGGAAGAAGGGGAAUGCAACUUGAUGGGUCAGGGCCUGAAGUUUGUAGUAUCCCGAUAUCCACUAUUAAAGGAUCAUUUCCACUCAAGAAAAUUUUCCACAGAAAAAAAAAUUGUAAAAUGUGAUAAGGCCAACACAAAACUUAUAAAUUUGAAACAAUGAUAUUUUCAAGUUCUUGGUAUGUUUGCAUGGCAAUAAAACAUAUUUUUUGUUUGUGGAAACACCACGUAAAUUUAUUACUGCAAAGCUUUUGAUCCGUAAGCCCGGAUCUUCAUCAGUGCUAAUAAUAUAUGACUUGUAAUGUUCAAUUCACGCCCCCUUUUUAUAUACAAAAGUGUUGUGAUCUGUUGGCUCGCGUCAUUUGAAAUCUAAUUGAAUGGCACAUCAACAAUGUCAUUUCAAACGUAGUGAAGUGAUUCAAAUUAAUGCGUGCACAUCCAAGACAAACAAAAUUAAUUUUGGAAUCCGAAUGAUAUUUUCGAAAAAUGUUCUGUCUGUGGAAAUUUUUCUUGAGUGGAAAUGGGCCUUAAGGUUUGGUUUGGAUAUUAUCCCAACUGGAUACUACAAAAUUACUAAAAAUUUCAAACAUUAGGAUAAUGCUAAAUGCCUUGGUCUGUCAAUAGCUUUGAAUAAUAUGAGUCCGCUUUCUUGAAAAUAACCAGCCUUUGAUUUCUAACUUGGUGGUUUUCUGUAGUUGUUGGCUGUCGAGUCUCCUGUUGUUAUUGUAAUUUAUAACAAUGAGAGAAAUGUACUAUAUACACUUGGAACCUUUAAUGGUUCAGGGAUGCCAAAAAUCGUGGUAACCAGUAUCCAGAAGUGGGAUACUGGAUUCUCAGAUGGGAUACCAGUAUUACCAGAACUUUGAAUCCUGAUAUCCAGUCUUGUGGGUUAAAUGCAAUCAGAUUUCACAAUAACAACAAUCAUAAUGCAUGUUAUAUACAGAACUCUGGGAAAGCCGAAAGAUAACCAGUGAAAAACAGGGAAGAAAUGCGAAAAAUGCCAGCAUUGACAAUAAAUUUAAAUCAGAUUGUUCUCUGUGUUUUUAUAAGACAGUUGGUGAAAAUAUAACAUGUGAAAUGAGAAGCUAACUGCUUUAGCUUGCAUUUGGUAACCACACUUUUCCUAGCCUACGGUGUACUCUGACCCCAGCAGAAACAUGUUUUGUGAGGGGUCUACGUUUUGGGUAAAUUAACUUCAAUUUAUUCAAAAUUCUGAAGCGUGCGCAUUUGGCGCUCAUUAAAAUGUUCUAUGGCGGGCUUUGUGCAAUAAAAUAUACCCAGACUGUAUAUAUACCCAACCAUUAAACACAUGUUCGAACGGACUAAAAAGUUCUUGUCAUUCGUACAAACUGUUAGGCUGUUAAACUUGUCAAGAUAUCCAUUUUCUGAAGUCGAAGACAAAGUCGAUUUCACACUGUCUAAAUGUAGCCGGCAUAAAAGCUUUAUCACAAGUCGGCUCGAAUCCCAGUUUCCUCAUUACAUUUACCAAUAGCGUUUAAUGCUGUUUCGUGCACGUUGGUUAUCGUGUUGUCUAGGCUCUAGCUCACAUAUUAAACUGGUCGCCAGGAGGCCAGGCAUGCUUUACAAAUGCUAUUUGUAAGUGAAAUGGAGAAGGAAAGGUUGUCUAACUCCUUACGUACAGUGUCCUUGCUGUCCAAGAAAUUAAUAUCGCUUUUAUUCUACUGGGACUUUGAAGUAAAGAACACAUUUGUAUUGCACAGAGCCAGCUAUGGAACAUUUUAAUAAGCGCCAAAUGAAAAUUUACAUUCACCAUUCACGCACGCUUCAGAAAUUUGAAUAAAUUGAAGUUAAUUUACCCAAAACGUAAAACGGAUGACGUAUGCCGGGCAAGCUUUUCUUUGUUUAUUCGUAGACCCCUCACAAAAUGUGUUUCUGCUGGGGUCUACACCGUAGGCUACACUUUUCCACAUUCAAAUGCUUUGAAAAUCAAGCUAUUGCCAUAUCAUAUAUCUUACCAGUAGAGCAGAAACAACAAUUUUAUAAGGCUUUUAAGUUCUGCUUUGUCUUGUUUCUGUUUGAACUGAACACAGUUCAUGCUAGCCUAUAAUAAUUAAAUGGUUUUAAAUUUAAAGCCAUAAAAAAUAAAAUAAAUUUAGACUGAAAAUUAGCAAUAUUGCAAUGAUAUGAUAACCAGCUUUUAUCUAGUAGACUAGUCUAGUAGACAGCAACUAUGUCCUGCUAGAUUAUUUCUGUGAAGGAUCAACAUCAUGCUGCAUGUUGAAUAUAUACUCAUUAAAUCUGUAUCCAUAGUCCUUCAAUUUUUACAUACCUUUAAUUUGAUUUGUAAAGUGCAACAGAAAUAAAAAAAUAAAUUUUAAGGCUUAUAUAAUCCAACUAACUUUAAGGUUAAUAUACUUCAGAUUGGUUUUGCCAUGUUGAUUUACCACUCUGUGUUUGAUCCAGUGGACAUUCGGUUUAAAAGUAUGUUACAUUGCUGACGUAUAUCAUGUUUCAUAGAGAGAAAGCGUACCAUGCUGUGAGUGACUUAACCCAGUUGUAACUUGUGUUGCUACUUAAUGCACCCAGGACAUCUAUAACAUGAUAUAUACUCAUCAAGGGGAGAGUACUGGUGCUCAGUUGGGUUAACUUCAGCGUCAAAUUUCUUGACUGACUUAUAGCCCAUGUUUUCCAAGAAGCGUAACUCAAAUGGUCCAAAUUAUGUUUCUUUCUUCGAGUUAAGCCCUGGAAGAAAGUGGAUGUGUGCUGUGGUUGGGGCAUGGUCAGGACCAUAUAUAAGAUAUCUAUGGUCAGGAUUUAACUUGAUGGGCUUAACUUGAAGAUUACCUACCUCGUUUUCAGAUUGAGACAUUUAUGAAGUUUUUGGUCAUCUUGCUUGGUAGAACUAACAGUUGAAGUCUUUUUGUAGAUGGAAAUUUUGAGGUCUAAUCAGGAGCAGCUGCGACAAUUUUAGGCCUAACCAGGAGCAGAUCUGUGAAAUCAGGAAUCGAACCUAAUCAGGAAUCGAACCUGUGCUGGCUGUGCAUGGCCAUGCGAUCCCAGUGCAGCACUCCAAGCAACUGAGCUACAGAGGCCAGUUGUUGAGUUCUAACCACAAGUGAAAUCGCAGGGUCACUGGUUCAAUUCCAAUUGCUCGGGUACGAGAUUGGUUCGAUUUCUGCCAGAGGACCUACUGCAUACAGAUCUGCUUGGUCUUGGUUAGGCUUAAAAUUGAAUGUAAUCUUCUGCUCCAAAUUUCCAUCUGCAAAUUAAAACCUUUAACAAGAGAGAUUUGCAUAUGGUCUGGAUAGUAAUCAAUUAAAUGUCAACUGAAGGUAUUGCCUAUUGUAGUAUUGAGCAGCAAAAUCAUUAAUAAAGUGGGGCGCAUCGGACACAUUGUCACUAGUGAGAUGUGUUAGUCACUGUAGAAUUUGAAAUUGUUCAAUUAAGUAGGCUCAAGAACAGUUAGAUAAUGUUUGUCGUAAACUACAGUUUUCUGAAAGAAGAGGUGUGUUUUUUGGCAGCAAACGGCAAUUGUGUGUGAAAAUGAAUCUAUCCAACAAAUCCAAGGCACUUUUUGCUAUUGGUUAUCAGACACUUAUUAUUCAUUAUUUAUUAUACGCUGCAGUAAAACAAUAUAUCAAAGAAAUUAGAACAAGGGAAUAUACCUGUAAUACUUAAGAACUUAUUAAUAAUUUAUAAAGAAAAUGAAAAGAACUUAAUCUUAAUAUCUGUAAAUUGGAUAUUAAUUAUAUGUAUAUGCGUUGUUUUUGUAUUAAUUGUCGUUAAUUUUAUGUAUUACUGAAUUGUUAAUUGUCAUUAGACAUUAUGCUGAUCAACCUCGUACCCAGGGUAUUUCCUCCAAGAGCAAAUACCCUGGGUACGAGGUUGUAUGCUGAUUAUCUGGGACAGAAAAAAUGUCAUCGAAUCGCUGUGGAACUCUAAAUUAAUUGAUGGCAUUUUUUGUCUAUGACUAUGAUGAUUUAUUAAAAUUGCGAGAACUAUCCACCACGUGUUUCUUGCCUGCCACAGACUGUUUUUCUUGAGAGAAUGAUUGAAAUGCCUGUUUUACCCACUGUCGGUGCAAGAGAUGUUUAAUACACUCGGGUACCAUUGGCUCCCACACUUGUGUGGAACUUUUUUUAUUUCCACACAUUUACUCAAAACAUUGAUAACCCAUAAUUGUGUUUCCUCUAUAUUUGCAGCAACUAAGACAUGAAAACUUGGUGAAUCUGAUAGAAGUAUUUAGAAGGAAGAAACGGUUGUUCCUUGUGUUUGAAUUUGUUGAUCAUACUGUACUUGAUGACUUAGAACGAUACCCAAAUGGUUUAGAUCAGAUAAGAGUGAAGAAAAUUAUGUGGCAAGUUGUUAGGGCAUUGGAAUUUUGCCAUAAUCACAAUGUAAGUACAACACAUUUUGUGGAUUUAGUGCCAGAUCACUUUUUGAUCUAUUUACACUGCCUCGUAUUUGUGUUUAGGUAAUUCAUAGAGAUGUGAAACCAGAAAAUAUUCUUGUUUCAAAGUCUGGAGUUGUUAAAGUUUGUGAUUUUGGUUUUGCCAGGACAACAGGUGUGUGGCUUAAUUAAUAGACGAUUGUCAAAAACAAUAAUACCAAAUCAAGCGCACGGAGCCUCGUUCUCACGCAGGGGCGAAACUAGCCCCUUUUAAUUGGGGGGGGGG